AUGGCGUCUGCCCCCUUUAUUGAACUCACUGCGCCAAAUGGCGUCAAGUAUUCUCAACCGACCGGACUCUUCAUUAACAAUGAAUUUGUCCUAUCUGCUAAUGGCGAGAGCCUAGACUCUAUCGAUCCUGCCACCGAAGAGAAGAUCGCCGCAGUACAGGCCGCUAGCGAGGUAGAUGUGGACAAGGCCGUUAAGGCUGCGCAUAAGGCUCUCAAGGAUCCUUCUUGGAAACUGCUGCCUGCGACGGAUCGCGGAGCGCUUCUAUAUAAACUAGCAGAUCUUAUAGAAGAAAACCGUGAGGUAUUCGCGACCAUCGACGCAUGGGAUAAUGGUAAAACAUAUGCCGAAGCCCUGGAAACUGAUCUGACGGAGGCCAUAACCGUCAUCCGCUAUUACGCGGGCUGGGCCGACAAGACUUACGGUCAAACCAUCAACACCACCCACCAGAAGUUCGCUUACACGAUUCGCCAGCCCAUAGGCGUCGUCGGACAGAUUAUCCCAUGGAACUACCCCCUUUCGAUGGCCACCUGGAAGCUGGGGCCAGCUAUUGCAUGCGGAAACACGGUCGUCCUCAAGGCGGCAGAGCAGACGCCCUUAAGUAUCCUAUUUCUCGGAACCUUGAUCAAGAAAGCAGGAUUCCCUCCCGGGGUGAUUAACUUCAUCAAUGGUUUGGGAGCUGUGGCGGGAUCAGCCCUGGUCAGCCACGCUCUCGUAGACAAGGUCGCCUUUACCGGAAGUACCGCGACGGCUAAGGCCAUCAUGGGCACGGCCGCCAAGACGCUCAAGAACAUCAGUCUCGAGACCGGCGGCAAGUCUCCGUUAAUCGUCUUCGAGGACGCCGACAUCGACCAAGCUGUUAAGUGGUCGCAUCUGGGUAUCAUGUCAAACCAAGGCCAAAUCUGCACCGCGACCUCGAGGAUUCUUGUCCACGAGAAAAUCUAUGACGAUUUCUUAGCCCAGUUCUUGGAGAGGACCAAGACUACGAGUAAGGUCGGGCAUCAGUGGGAUAAGGACACCUAUCAAGGCCCCCAGGUGUCCAAGGCGCAGUACGAGAGAGUUUUGGAGUACGUAAAGAUAGGGAAAGACGAGGGCGCCACUUUGGCGUCGGGUGGCGAACCUGUCAAGGUCGCCGACAAGGACAAGGGAUUCUACGUGAGCCCCACCAUCUUCACAGACGUCCUGCCGACGAUGCGGGUAUGGCAAGAGGAGAUCUUCGGCCCCGUCGUGGUCAUCGCGAAGUUCACGGAGGAGCAGCAGGCCGUGGAUCUCGCCAACAGCACGACGUAUGGACUCGGCGCCGCCUUGUUUACCGAGAAGGUCGAAAGAGCGCACCGGGUGGCGGCGGAGAUCGAGGCGGGUAUGGUGUGGGUGAACAGCUCUCAGGACUGCGACCCGCGCGUGCCUUUCGGCGGCGUGAAGCAGAGCGGAAUUGGCAGAGAGCUUGGAGAAGCCGGUUUGGAGGCGUACUCUCAGAUUAAAGCCGUGCACGUCAAUCUUGGAAAUAGGCUAUGA